CACGAGUCCGGAGGGAAUUUCUGAUCGAUUUUCUUUAUUUCUUCUAAAAAGAUACAGUAAGCAAAAAAUAAGUAUUUUGAGAAAUAAGUAUAGACUAUAACUACUAUACUGUAUACAACCACUAUACAACUCUAUUUUAUUAACAGUUGACAGAUGUUGAUCGAUUUUGAUUAUUUUGUCAAAUAAAAAUAACAAAUUCUUGCAUUUUCUGGAUUGCCCAAAGGGGCCAACAAUAUUAUAUUAGUUUUGUGUGUUGUGAAGUUUUUAGUAUUAUUAAAAUUUAAGAAUGGCUCAUAAAGAGGAGGAUGAUACAUUUCAAGAAGACGACGUCUAUAUUAACGCAGAAGAUGGGAUGCCCAAUAUACAUCCAAACAUUGCGAACUUGGAACAAGAAAGUGAUUCUCAAGAUGAAGGGAAUGAGUUCGACGAUAUACCGAAAUCUGUGAUCGUCACCAAUAUUCAUAGUGACGUUUUCGCUGAUGAGAAGUUAAAAAAGGAUCUAGAGGACCUGUUCCGUACAUUUUCAGAUAACAUUACGUUUCAGUGGCUUCGUAGUUUUAGACGGUUGCGUGUGAAUUACGAUAGCCCCCUGGCGGCGGCGAACGCUCGCGUUCAGCUUCACCAGUAUCAGUUUCAUAAUUCGAGUAUUAAUUGUUAUUUCGCGCAACCGGUGACGCCCGUGUCGCUCAAGAAUUUGAUGCCGCCCAAGCCGGUGAAGCAGUUUUUGAUCUCGCCGCCGUCCAGCCCACCGGUAGGCUGGGAGCCGCGCGAGGAGAACGAGCCGCUGGUGAACCACGACUUGCUGGCAGCGUUGGCCAGCCUCACGCCCGGCGAGAGCCACGAGCUGCACGCGCCGACGCCCACGCAGCCUGCCAUCGUCGUGCACACGGCUCUGGCGCCCGAUGCCGCCGCGCCACGCGCCGCCCUCAAAACCAUCCCUCAGACUCGCUGUCCGGAUUAUUGAUAUGCCUUUACAAUGAAGCUAGUGAAUUUAUUAAGUAGAGUAGAAAUAUAAAAUGCUUUUUCAUUCACAAGUCAAUUUUGAUGACCUGUGAUGCCAAAAACAUUGCAUUACCGAAGUGUAGUAAGCUGAAACCAAAAUCCCAGAUAAGUGUUCGGCAGUAGAAUUUCACUACUAAUGAUAAGCUGAUAGGAAGUUUGCUUAGUUGUCUUUAUUUCGAUCAAUAUGAAGUUAAAUUGGUGCUAUUUUUUAAAGGAGAUGAAUGUGUCUUAUGUUAAUGCAUCAUUUGUAUACCUAUGAAUUAACAAAAACUUUAUUUAUUUUAUUUCUAAUUUAUAGUAACUAUAUUUUGAUUUUUGCCCAACAUUUGAAAUUAUAGGUAAAAGAAAUGAGUGGACAAUAGUUUACAUAUCAGACAAGCUAGUCUCUUAUAAGAUUGACACAACCCCAUAUUAUAGUUUAUGAGAUUGCUCAAAGAUACUUAAUUCCAGAAAGGUGGUAAUUUUAUCACAUUCUCUGUGACAUAACAAGUUAUGUAUUAUUGAUUCAAUUCAUGAACAGAUAAUUAUGUUUAAUGUAGUUACCUUUUUACAUAUGUGACAAAUAUAACAGAGCUUGCCCACUAUAAGCAACCUUUAAGUUUUGUAUCAUACUUCAGAUAUAAUACUAUGUCUUUAAUUUUUACUUCAUGUAUUAUUGCAGCAUUGUUUUGUUUUUGCUAUAAAAUUUUUCAUGCCAUAUCAAAAUUAUAUGAGACAGUGAAUGUGUUAGGUACAAACUAUAUGUCCUCUGUCAAAUAAAUUACUUAAGUAUUUAAAUAUUUAGUUCAUAGCACACAUUAUAAUUUUCAAAUUAAGUAAAUUAAAUUUUGAUAAGAUAGGAACCUGCAUAGAAAAAGUUGUGAUACUAUAAAAAUGUGAGAGUCACUAAUAUUGUUAUGGACAUGUAAAUAAUAAAUUAUUUUUGCAAAGAGCAACUAAGUAGAAGAUAUAUAUAUAAUUACGAAAAUGGAAUAGUUUUCCAAAUUCUCACAUUUGAACAAAGUUGCUUUGAAGUUCUAAGUCUUGAAUUCUUGGCUGCUAAUUUAAUUGGUUGAGUAAAGUGCAUUAUUAGAUAAAAAUUUCACAAACAUUUAUUCAUUAUUUCUCUAUGAAAAAUAUACCUGUUUAGAUUUUAAAUAACAAUUUCUGUCUGUUAUAUUAUAGCUAAAAAUAAAAAUAAUAAAUGAAUAAAUUUUUGUGGAAUUUAUGUAUAGGAAAAGGCGAAUGAAAUCAUUCUUUCUAUUCGGCCUAAACUUGGUCUUGCUUGCUCAAUGCAUUGAAGCAUUUAGAAGUGCAUAGGUAAAUGAAGUAGAAUUGCAAAAAAAAAUAUUAUAGUUAUUCAAAACAUUCUAAAGUAUAAUAUUUAUUUCGCAGUUUCAAUUACCUACUUAGUUUUUAAUACUUUUGUAUAUGUAUAUUAAGGAUUAAAUUUCGGUUUACGUCUUUGUAUAAGUUGAACAACUUCUAACUUCUACCACACUGUUGCUAUUUCACUGACAAGUACCUACUCCAGAGAACCAAAAGAAAACUAGAACUUGUUCAUAAAUUUAAUGUAGUUUUUAUAUAAAUUUACAUAUUAUAGGUACCUAUUUAAACCAAAUUAUAUCUUAUAGCCUUCAAACCUCAUAUGUAAAAUUUUAGAGAAGUGCUAUUCCAAUUGAGGCACAGGGUUACGAUUCUACUGAUUAUUUCUGGAACAUUUACGACAUGUAAUAAAUACGGUAUAAACAGGAUUUUCCAACUGAUCUGUCUGUUACAUUCUUGUACUUAUCAAUAUAGUUGGAUUAGUAAUACUCAUUAGAUAAAUUCCAUUUUGAAUGUUAUAUCUUUAUCUGGAUCUUCAAUAUUGUGUAUGUUGCGAUAUUUCAGAUAUUAUCAUAUGGAUCUCUAAGUGUUGUUCUAAUCGUUGGAAUUCAAUGGUCUUUGUACCCUAUCACAGAUGUAUAUUUUGUAUCACAUCUAAUUGCGUUAUUUACCCUACCUUCAGUGUUAUAUUCCUGUCCACUCACUUUAAUUUUGGCCACUCGAUGUCUUGUAUACCAAUCAACUAUCUUCCAAUCCUGGAACCAUAGUGUUCUCCUGCAUGCGAAUGGUCUUUUCUCGUAAAUGUGUCAUUUAAAUUCUUCUAUUCGUGUGGGGUGUGAGGCGGAUUUCCAACUUUAUCAACCCUGGUGUCAGGGUUACUACUAAGCAACCAAAGGCAACGACAUAGCUGAUGUAACGACUACAUAGUAGCCAGGACCGACUGCUUAUCGUGCCCUCUGAAGCACGGAUAAUCUUUUUUUCGGACAGUCGGUUGAUCAGCCUGUAAUGUCCUAACCAAACUUAUUCCUAUCUAAUGACAAUCUUUUUAAUUUCUGACCAAAACAGGGUUUCUUACACAUGUCGUAUUUACUAGUCAUGUGUUUCCUCUUUCUUCUUUUUUCCCCUUUUUCUAAAUUGACCCUACUUAUUAUUACUAAUCUUAACUAACCAGAGUACCUACCUAACUAAUCCCAUGUAGAAUGCUUGGCUACGUAAUUAUAUAAUAAUAUGUUAUCUAAUUAUCUAGAAACAUGUACAUACACAAUUUGUUAAAACAUCGGAUGUUCACUGUACGUUCAUAAUGUUGGUGUAUCUUAUCUAUUGAUGUUUUAAAUCUCACUGUGAUUUAAAUUUUUAUUGUUUGGUGUAAAUAUAUGGAAAUAAAUAUUGAGUUUUA